UAAACGCAGCAAAAAAGGAAUCCGCAAAAGAAAAGAAAAAAAAAUUUAAAUUAUUUUUAAUGAUAUUAAAGUCGCGACAAACACUCGUCAAGAUUGUUUUAAAUUGUAUUUGAAACGUAGGGAGGUGAUGGAAUUCCUACCCUGUCAUGCUGACAGCAUUAUGUUCAUAUACAUAUUAUAGUGUGGUUAGUCACAAACUGAAAUGAAAAAACAUCAACAAACGAGGAGAAACCAUUUAAACCAUGUACUUAUUAAGAAUGUUUCAUUCAAGAAUUGGACUGACAACUGGGAAAAAAAGUUCUCUGCUCCAACAAAACUUGGAGUUUCAAUUAUUUGUUUUAAAAUCUCAAAGUCCACAGAUGAACAAACAGCUACAGUGCAGCAGUGUUUUUUUAAUUUUGCAGGUAAAUUUUUUCAAUCUCACAGUUCCUGGUACCGUGGAAGGUUCUACAGAAAGUGAACACAGAAGGAACCGUUCUGUGUUCACUGCACUGAGGAACUGAUGGACCGUGACAUGAGAACUCUUGGACUGCUCAGAACACAUCCAGGAGUUCCUCGACAUCUUUGGAAGAGACUCAGCUCACAACACAUUCAUAACAACGACUAAACUCAAGGCCAUGCGUCUGAGGAGGAGGCCAGCAGAGGUGGUCCAGCCUGAGGGACACUCAGCUGGUCCACUGGACCAGUGUCACCCUGACGGUGAAACAAAAAGUGCCUUCAAACCUGAGGCUGAUGAACACAUGAAUCACAUGACUCUGUCGGCCGAGCCAGAGCAAAACCAGAACCCAGACGGACCAAAGAAGAAGUACGAAUGUCUGACCUGCGGGAGAGUCUUCUCAGUCAACACUAGUCUGCAGCGACACCUUGUGAUCCACACGGGGAAGAGGCCGUUCAAGUGCUUCAUAUGUGGACGAGGAUUCAGUCAGAGUGGAAACAUGAAAACACACAUGAAGGUCCACAGAGGAGAGCUUCCUAACUGGACGUUACUCCGGGAGACGGCGCCCCCUGGACGACCUCCUGUCGCUGUUCAUGUGUGUGGAGAAUGUGGGAUGGACUUCCCCGAGAAGCAGCGGUUGGAUGAACAUAAAGCAAGUCACAAAAAGCCUCACGCGUGUCCUGACUGCGACAAGACCUUCAAAAACGAGUAUUAUUUCAAAAUACAUCGGCAGGUUCACACUGGACACUCGCCGUUUUUCUGUUCAGAGUGCGGGAAGGGUUUCCUGACAGGAAAUGCACUCAAGAAGCACACGUUAACUCACACCGGAGAGAGGAAGUUCCAGUGUGAGCGGUGUGGAAAGGCCUUUCUGCAGUCCUCUCACCUGAAGGUGCACCUGAGAACUCACACCGGAGAUCGGCCACAUCUCUGCUCCAUCUGUGGGAAAAGCUACUCCAAAGCAUUCACUCUGAAGGUGCACCUGCGGGUUCACACCGGAGAAAACCCCUACAGAUGUGAGGAAUGUGGCAAAUGUUUUUACUACUCUCAAGGUUACCAGAAGCACCUGAAGGUCCACAACAAGAAGCCCAAACCACAAAGCAGACCUUUAGGAAGACCAAGACAGCUGCAGGUGGUCUACAGUCAGUAGUAGUCUGUAGUCUGCUAUAAAAACAGUUCCUCGUAGUUACUCACUCUCAGGUUACACCACCUGUACCAGAAGAUGUUGCUAUGACUCAUUAAAAAAAUAAAAUAAAAUGGUG